AUGGAGGUGGGCAUCGGUCUCCGUUGGUGGCGCAAGCGGCGUAGGCGUGUAGCCCCUCAUAAGUCCAAUGAAGGUCUAACCCAUGCUGAUGUAUUGACGUACGAAGAGUUUGCCCUGAGAUACUACAUGCUUGUUCCUUCGUCGUCACGGACGUCAGACGUCCGGGAUAUGGCAAACAAGAUCCUUACGAGGGUGUUUGGGGCCUGCAGAGGCGAGGGCUUAGAUAAGUAUCAACUUGGACUUACAGAGAUCUUCUCCUGUGCUGAUAUGUUGGCAUUCUUGGAAAAUCUUAGAACCACACGCCUCAAUUAUCACGCAACUAUGAUCCAGAAGAAUCUGAAAGCCAAGUACUAUCGCCGCAAGUACUUAGAGGCACGGAAUGCGAUCCUCGUUAUCCAGUCCGUCACUCGGAGACAUCUUGCUUGGAAAGUAUGGCGCGGUCAAAAGCAGCGGAAGAGCUUUAAUGCUAUUCGCAACCACAUAAUCCUUAUACAAGCUGCGGCAAAGCGCUUCUUACAAAGAAGGGCGAUCUUGGAUACCCGCUUUGGAAAGGCUGCAGUAUUGAUUCAAAGGUUGUGGCACUUGAGGAGCGAGUAUAAGCGCAGGGUCGUGAUUGUCCAGAACUUGUGGCGAGGCAAGUGUGCUCGCCGUAGAUGUGAGAAGAUUCGUGAAGCGGAUCGGAUCGCAGAGUUGCCUACACACUGGCGAACACAAUUGCAACGGAUUAAGAGUAGAGAAGUACUCGAAGAUUGUCAGCAUUUCUGCUAUCUGGUACGCCACCCGGUUACUUCCGUUGAUAUUAGGCCAGAUCAGGAUGCCUUGGAACGGAGUGGAGGACCGGACAAGAUCCCAACCGGGGAUCGACGGCUGAAGCAGGUCAAGUUCAUACUUGAGGAUGGGUGGGCAAAAGAAAAGUCUCUCGAUAUCCCAAAAAUAGUGCUCCAAGUCUCAAGGAGGAUACACUUGGUGGAACUAAUAGCCAAGUAUAUGGAGGACAUUGAAGCCAAGAAAGCCACGUCCAAGAAGUGGCCAAUUGAAGCCAAGAAAACUACGUCUAAGAAGCGGCGACAACCAACUGUAAAAGAGACAUAUGUUGACCUCCUCUUCCCCCACACGAUUAAUUACAAGGGGAAGAAGGCUCGGAAGAGGAAGAAAGGCAAGAAGGUGAGGGAUCAGAAAGGUCGGCAAGUGAGUGGGGAAGAAGUGCGUGAGAAAGCAGAGAAGAGAUUCGAGUAUUUCAUACGGUUAGGGAAGCCACUAUGGAAGAUGUCUGAGUGCUACGGCCUUAGUGUCCUCGCCAUACUUCCUAAAGAGGUGACAGAAACGAGGUAG